UUCAUUUGUCACUUUGGGAUACUGAGUAAUGCGGUCACGCCAUAACGAAUGGCAAAAAGUACAGCUAGGUGACUGCGUAACAUAAGCCGAAACACCUCUGUAGUUCUUGUGCAAUCUUUGUUUCAGUUUGGGCUCCUUACAGCUUGUUUACUGAGGCGUAUACAUGUCAAUUGGCUGUAUAACCAAACUGACGGUCCGGUGAACACUUUGCACAUGCAUCUGGACAGCAUGGGUAUUAGGCUACCGUCCCGUGGGACGGACAUGCUCUUUAUAAUCUUGGUAAUAUUUGCAUCGGCCAGCUCUCAAGUCUUGGACAAGAUCUCCGCCAUGACAUUCCUUGGAAACAUCACUACAUCCCCAGACCACAUUCGCCACCUGUCCAGUUUGAAAUAUUCCAAGGUGUUAAACUCGCUCCCUCUUCUCCGCGAGUCUGGUAAGACGGUUGUCCAUGAUGACACAGUCAUGGACAGUUUGGACGCUGACAUCGAUGACGGAAUUCCCGGGUUAGGGGGGUCUGUGAUGGCCAGGCCGCCAAACUACAACGUGUCCGAGAGGUGCCUGAAUGAUACGAUGUUAUACCUGGAGGCCUUACUCCACAGACAACCGUGGGCAUUAGCAAUGCUGGAUGCGGCAGGUAAACUUCCCAGCGGUGUGUUACUGGGUAACAUUGUCUGGCGAGGAUCCUAUGAGCAAUGUGUCAACGUCACCGCCGUGCUUUAUGAUAACAUCACAGCCAAAACCAACCCUAAGUACCCGUUCAGGGGGCGUUACUGUCGGCUGACAGCUCUAAUCAAUGACCCCAAUGCUACAGCUCCACCAGCAGCCGCCGGCAUAAACGGACUAUUUACAGGCUCUCCAGGCCUGGUCAUUGGUCUAUGUCUGCCGGAUAGCUGCCAGGGAGAGGAUGCCGUGGGCUUGGUCAAUUCUGGUCUCUCUCUCAUCCCGGUAAAGCUACCCCCGGUCCCUCUGUUUGGUGACUGCUCGGAAGUCCAGGACAUUUCCACCGACACCAGGGCCAUUGUCGUCAUUGUACUGACGGCCAUUUUUGGAGCUUUCCUAAUCCUGGGGACGGGGUAUGAUAUUAUCCGAUACCAGGUGCCGGCUUACUUGGCCUCACUCCCUGUGGACGAGGGAAAAGGGCUGAUCAACGGUUACACGACCGUAAACCGGAGAGAGUCCGAUAUCCAGGGGCCUUACUCCCCGACGGAGAAAACAACUCUUCUGGGACAGGAUGAGGGGCAGGCGGAAGUACCCCAUUCCGGCAAGCUGGAAGCUCUCCUGCUGGCUUUCUCUGUGUACUCUAAUGGUAAGAAGCUGCUGGGUACGAGCCGGGGGCAGGGCACCCUCGGGGCAGUCCAUGGGGUCCGAUUCCUCAGCAUGACCUGGGUCAUCCUCGGACACACUUACGUCUUUGGCUUGACGGCGGGAGAUAACGUGGGCUCCUUCCUCCCGGAGAUGGUCAGUCGUUUCACAUUUCAGGGGAUACUGAACGCCACCGUGUCCGUAGAUUCGUUCUUCUUACUGAGUGGGUUAUUGCUGGCAUACCUCACUCUCAAGGAGAUGGACAAACGUCAGGGAAAACUCAACUGGGGAUUGUUUUAUUUUCAUCGAUUCUGGAGACUUACACCUCCCUACAUGCUGGUAAUGAUGGUUUACGUCCCCUUGUUCAAGUACUGGGGCAGCGGGCCUCAGUGGCCGGUGAAUGGAAUAGAGCCUAACUACUGCGAGGAAUCAUGGUGGACGAACUUACUAUACAUCAACAACCUUGUCCAGGUGGAAAAGAUGUGUAUGGGAUGGUCCUGGUACUUGGCCAACGAUAUGCAGUUUUUCAUCAUCACUCCAAUAAUCCUGAUACCUCUUUACUAUUCGGCCGUGAUCGGCAUGGUCAUCAUUGGCGCUCUUCUUAUCGCUACGUUCAUCGCCACGGGCAUUCUGUCUCACAAUUACGGCGCAGGCGCGGGACUGAUAGCAGCAGGAAACGUGAACAACUAUUUCCUGUACAUAUACAUUAAGCCCUGGUGUCGUAUUGGACCGUAUUUGAUAGGAUUGUUAGUGGGUUACGCCCUCUACAGGACUCGCUGUAGGCUGAGGUUAAACCCGGUCGUGGUACUUGCGGGCUGGGUGUGUGCUACUGUCAUCUGCCUGUCUGUGCUUUAUGGGCUGUACGAUACAGAGGCACACGGCGUCAAAGUUUUGUCUCCUGAUGUCAGCGCCCUCUAUAACGCCACCUCUCGCACAGCCUGGGGCGUGGGUCUUGGUUGGCUAGUAUUUGCAUGUUGUACUGGAUACGGCGGUUUUGUGAACACAAUUUUGUCUUGGUCUGCUCUGAUCCCGCUCAGCCGCCUCACCUACUGCGCCUACCUGGUACACCCAAUAGUCAUGUAUCUGUACUACGGCAGCCUGAACACACCCGUACACUUCACCGAUCUGAAUGUGGUUUAUCUGUUCUUUGGCCACCUUGUCCUGGCUUACUUGACCUCCUUUGUCGUGUCUCUGGCCUUCGAGUCGCCCAUGAUGGCGCUGGAGCGCGUGGUGUUCAGAAGGGAAAAGAAGAGUUAACAAGGCGAUCAUGAGCUCAUCCGUGAACUGUGUAACGUCCCAACUAUCCUGAACGUGUUGUAACUUACACGUAAUUAUUAUUAGAAGGCUUUGAUGACUAUUGCGGCGAUUGACAAAUGACGUUAUUGUAUUGUGAUUUGCGUUCACCCCUGUACGUUUCAAAAUAAGCUGAAUUUCAAGGAACUUCUUUUCUUGUCUCAACCUGGACCUGGAUUUGUGUUUUCGAGCAUACCUGGAACAUUAAGACAUAUUCCACAUUGUAUUUAUUUGCCAGCAAUGAAUAUUUUGCUAAACAAUUGUCCUAAGUCCUAGACAAUUGUCCUAAUUGUCCUAAGUUUCCCUGAAAAAUCUUGAUGUUAAUUGCCUAGGUUCUCACGAACAUGAAAUGUCAACUUAAUGCGAUGUACAUUCCCUUUUUGAAUUGCGCAUGUAAGUGCAGCGUAAUUUCACGCUUUGAAGCCAUACAGUAUUUUGUGCACAUGGCAAGUUUUAGAAUACAGUGUUUAUGUAUGUAUAUUAUAAUUCCCUUCAAAGCCAACUGUGAGCAAAAUCAAUGCGUGAUUUAUCUUGUAUGUAGUAUAUUAUACAUAUAGUUGUAUGCGGGCGUGUGCGUGGUUGCGCUUAAUUAUCGUAUGAAACGAUAUUAUUAAAAACUCUAUACUGACGAAUUUCACCCAAAAUGUGAUGACAAUACUUAUAACCCUAGU